AUUAGUCCUGGCAAUCACAGCAACAUGACUUCCAGAUCAGGGACAAGUCUCCUAAUAUGGGCUCUUCUGUUUGGAUUAGGCUAUUCCAAUGCAAUAAAUGUAGAAAAUGAGCAGAUUAUUGUAGUGGAUGUUCCAACAGGAGAAGAAGUAAAGGUAGACCUAAAGUUUAACAUAACUGUAACACCAAAUCAACCUGGAGCGGGUGCAAACAACAGCUAUCCGGUUCCUGGAGGAAAUAAUAGUUAUCCGGUCCCCGGUGGAAAUAAUAGCUACCCCGCUCCUGGUGGAAAUAACAGCUACCCCGUCCCCGGCGGUAACAAUAACUACCCGGUUCCUGGGGGUAACAACAGCUACCCAGUUCCUGGAGGAAAUAACAGCUACCCCGUGCCCGGCGGUAACAACAGCUACCCGGUUCCUGGAGGAAAUAACAGCUACCCCGUCCCAGGCGGAAACAACAGCUACCCGGUUCCUGGAGGAAAUAACAGCUACCCCGUCCCCGGCGGAAACAACAGCUACCCGGUUCCUGGAGGAAACAACAGCUACCCCGUCCCCGGCGGUAACAACAGCUACCCCGCGCCCGGCGGUAACAACAGCUACCCGGUCCCUGGAGGAAAUAACAGCUAUCCCGUCCCCGGCGGAAACAACAGCUACCCGGUUCCUGGAGGAAAUAACAGCUAUCCUGUGCCCGGCGGUAACAACAGCUACCCGAUUCCUGGAGGAAAUAACAGCUACCCCGUCCCCGGCGGAAACAACAGCUACCCCGCGCCCGGCGGUAACAACAGCUACCCGGUUCCUGGAGGAAAUAACAGCUAUCCCGUCCCCGGCGGUAACAAUAGCUACCCGGUUCCUGGGGGUAACAACAGCUACCCAGUUCCUGGAGGAAAUAACAGCUACCCCGUGCCCGGCGGUAACAACAGCUACCCCGUCCCCGGCGGAAACAACAGCUACCCGGUUCCUGGAGGAAAUAACAGCUAUCCCGUCCCCGGCGGUAACAACAGCUACCCGGUUCCUGGGGGUAACAACAGCUACCCAGUUCCUGGAGGAAAUAACAGCUACCCCGUGCCCGGCGGUAACAACAGCUACCCCGUCCCCGGCGGAAACAACAGCUACCCGGUUCCUGGAGGAAAUAACAGCUACCCCGUCCCCGGCGGAAACAACAGCUACCCGGUUCCUGGAGGAAAUAACAGCUACCCCGUCCCCGGCGGAAACAACAGCUACCCGGUUCCUGGAGGAAAUAACAGCUACCCCGUCCCCGGCGGAAACAACAGCUACCCAGUUCCUGGAGGAAAUAACAGCUACCCGGCUCCUGGAGGAAACAACAGCUACCCGGUUCCUGGGGGUAACAACAGCUACCCGGUUCCUGGAGGAAACAACAGCUACCCCGUGCCCGGCGGUAACAACAGCUACCCGGUUCCUGGAGGAAACAACAGCUACCCCGUGCCCGGCGGUAACAACAGCUACCCGGUUCCUGGAGGAAACAACAGCUACCCGGUUCCUGGAGGAAACAACAGCUACCCGGUUCCUGGAGGAAACAACAGCUACCCCGUCCCCGGCGGUAACAACAGCUACCCGGUUCCUGGAGGAAACAACAGCUACCCGGUUCCUGGAGGAAACAACAGCUACCCCGUCCCCGGCGGAAACAACAGCUACCCGGUUCCUGGAGGAAACAACAGCUACCCCGUCCCCGGCGGAAACAACAGCUACCCGGUUCCUGGAGGAAACAACAGCUACCCGGUUCCUGAAGGAAACAACAGCUACCCCGUCCCCGGCGGAAACAACAGCUACCCGGUUCCUGGAGGAAACAACAGCUACCCCGUGCCCGGCGGUAACAACAGCUAUCCGGUUCCUGGAGGAAACAACAGCUACCCCGUGCCCGGCGGUAACAACAGCUACCCCGUCCCCGGCGGAAACAACAGUUACCCGGUUCCUGGAGGAAACAACAGCUACCCCGUGCCCGGCGGUAACAACAGCUACCCGGUUCCUGGAGGAAACAACAGCUACCCCGUGCCCGGCGGUAACAGCAGCUACCCGGUUCCUGGAGGAAACAACAGCUACCCCGUCCCCGGCGGUAACAACAGCUACCCGGUUCCUGGAGGAAACAACAGCUACCCGGUUCCUGGAGGAAAUAACAGCUACCCCGUCCCCGGUGGAAACAACAGCUACCCGGUUCCUGGAGGAAACAACAGCUACCCCGUGCCCGGCGGUAACAACAGCUACCCGGUUCCUGGAGGAAACAGCAGCUACCCCGUGCCCGGCGGUAACAACAGCUACCCGGUUCCUGGAGGAAACAGCAGCUACCCCGUGCCCGGCGGUAACAACAGCUACCCGGUUCCUGGAGGAAACAGCAGCUACCCCGUGCCCGGCGGUAACAACAGCUACCCGGUUCCUGGAGGAAACAGCAGCUACCCCGUGCCCGGCGGUAACAACAGCUACCCGGUUCCUGGAGGAAACAACAGCUACUCAGUUCCUGGAGGAAAUAACAGCUACCCCGUCCCCGGCGGAAAAAACAGCUACCCGGUUCCUGGAGGAAAUAAGAGCUAUCCGAUACCUACUCAUAGCUAUCCGAGAGUCCAUUUCCAUCGUCGGUCAAAUGAUGAUGAUGCUCGGAUUACUCCAAAAAGGCAAUGGGGUUUUAGGAGGAUGUAAAGCACUUAAAUGUGUUUUGAAGCCAAUAACAAUACUGUGAAUAUAAAGCACACGUCCGAAUUUACGAAUUCGCUUCAUUAAUAAAGUCUCAAUAAGCA